AUGGCCCGCUGCCUGGGACUUGCGCUGCUACUGCUGUUGGGGUCCGCGAGCUCGGCCGGAUGGAACAGCUGCGUGGCCGCGGCCGAGGCGUGCACGGCGAAUGCGCGGUGCCAGAGGCUGCGCACCGAGUACGUGGCGCAGUGCCUGGGCCGGGCCUCGUCGGGGGGCUGCCCUCGCGCCCGCUGUCGCCGGGCCCUGCGCCGCUUCUUUAACCGCGGGCCGCCGGCGCUCACCCUCGCGCUGCUCUUCUGCCCGUGCGGGGACCCCGCGUGCGCCGAGCGCCGCCGCCAGACCUUCGUGCCCGCCUGCGCCUUCUCCGGGCCAGACCCAGCGCCGCCUUCGUGCCUCGCGCCUCUGGAGGCCUGCGAGCACAGCCAACUUUGCAGGUCCCGCCUCCGGGCCUUCCAGGCCUCCUGCGCGCCGACCCCGGUUGCUCCCGACGGCUGCCCGCGAGAGCAGGCUCCCGGCUGCAGGCACGCCUAUGCUGGCCUUGUGGGCACCACGGUCACCCCCAACUACGUGGACAACGCGAGCGCGCGUGUGGCACCCUGGUGCGACUGCGGAGCCAGCGGGAACCGGCGUGAAGAGUGCGAAGCCUUCCGGGGACUUUUUACGAGGAACCCGUGCUUGGACCGAGCCAUUCAGGCCUUUGAGAGCCGGUGGCCUCCAAGCCUGCAGGACCGCCACCAGGACCCUGAGCACAGCCUUCUGCAGCUCCUCACCUGCAAUUGA